AUGGACGGGUCAGAGGUUAUGCAUCGUUUGUGGAAUCGGGAUCUUGCUGCUGUCCUGAACUUCCGACAUAUACUUAACAAUCUGAGAUAUGAUGGGACUAUACCUGUAAGGUUCACCCGCGUCAUUCGGAUUGGACGUAUCAGAAGACAAGCAGAAGAUCUCCAGGAGGGUCGUCGACCCACCCAAGCUACCGCUGAUUGUGAAUCCCAACUCAUUGAGUUUGCCAAAGGCGUUUUUCUUAUUACUGAUUCUCGUAGCGAGACGGCCUAUGAACGAAAGGAGCUAGCAACAAAAAACGGUGCACAUGUUUUAAAGGCUCAGAGAUCAAGAAAACGCUUGGACCCAUCCCGUCGAGUUGGGCGAAAGAUUGUAUAUAUUGCUCUCAAAAUAUUGGCAGCUACCAAUGUCUGUUUGGAAGGUCCAUAA